AGUGACUGCUCUGCUGAGGCCCAGCAGACCCUGCAGAGGCCCCCUGUCUCGCUGGCUCCGCCCCCUCCAUCUCUAGUGAUAGAAAUUCGCUGCUGCGUCUGCCGCUGCCCACUGCGCUCCGACAGAUCCUACCACAGACCAAGCGCACAGACAGUGCUGACCCUACCACUUGUGCUGCGUACCAAUGGCUGAGGGACUCUUCCAGCGCAAGCCCUGGGGCGCGGAGCAGAUGCGCUCUGACUCUGACCCUGAGUCAGAGGGCCUAUUUGACAAGCCUCCUCCAGAAGAGCCCUGCGUACCCAAGUCCCGGUCAGCCGCGAGCAAAAUACCUGGUCGGCGCUUAGGCGGGAAGGCACAGGGAGCCCGUGCCGGGCAGCCCCAGAGGCCUACUGCGAGCACCCCGCCCAAAGAGGAGACGACUCCUCUGGAUGAGGGCUGCUAUCUCGACCAUUUUCCUCAUCUCUCUAUCUUUAUCUACGCGGCCAUCGCCUUUUCCAUCACCUCCUGCAUCUUUACCUAUAUCCAUUUACAGCUUGCCUGAGUGGCCAGGGCAGGUCGGGGUGGGCGCAGGGCCGACGUGGGAGGGAGGAUAAAAGAAGGGUUUAAUAUAUUUGCUUUCGAGAUGUACUGCACCCCCUUCGUCUAAUUUUCAAUGCUGUAUCUUUCCCUCCUUGUUGUUGCUCUCUUUGUCUAAUUGCCCAUGCAUAAAAACGCCCCAAAUACUGCAUCUGUCAGAAAUGAAAUAACAUUCUUUGCACCUGCCGGGGGUGGGGUGGGGUGGGGGACAGACCUACUGUUUAAAAAUACGUGGUACAAUUGAAUCCAUUUAUAAUUAGGGAUAUGUCUCUGUAUGCUUACUUUGUGAUGUGGUACGCAGCAGAAAAGCCAGCAUCUUGUGUUUGGGGAGCACAGACCAAGCUCAACCUUCUGUUCCUUACGGGAUGAGCCUGGACCCUCGCCUUUCCAGAGAAGGUCCUCUGGGGAGGGUCGUGCUCUUGGCCCAACUGGGCUGGAGGCCUGUGAUGCUGCAUCGCCCCCAGGAAGAGCCAGCUGUGCUCAGAGGACCUGGUCACGCAGCAAGCUCUGCUGGAGCUGGGCCAGGCUCUGUCAUCGCUGCCAGAUGGAGGCAAGACCAGUACAAAAGAGCUGUCCUACCAGAAAGCCACGCCCAGGACGUGUCCUGAGCCCAUGGGACCUGUGGCUGCGGACCUCCAGAGGUCCAAGCUUGAGUGCUGCACUGGAUGAGACUCUGGGGGUCCUGGCUAGGGUCUGUGGGAGGGCUCUGUAGAGGAUUCUGGAAGGGCUUCAUUCCCCAGAGCCCUUCUGGAGCGAUGGAAACCAACAGCAAGGGGUCUGGGGGUGUUGAUAACAAGAGUUCCUGCUGGGGUUUGCCAUCUCAGAUGCAGAAGGACUAAUACCAGAACCCCUUGGCAGGUUAUUAAAUUCAUCUGCCUUCUUUGUUUAUUCAUGAAUGUCAAAUGUCCAAAUGCUUCGCUUUAAUACUGCAUAUAUCUUAUGAAAAUGCCUGUAAUUGUGUUACUGCUAAUGGAGUAAAUUGCCUUU